CCGUAAAGUCCAUAUGCUGGAAUCUGGUAGUAAGCCCUGCCCAUGCUAGUGUUGAAGAUCAGCUAUCCAGAAGGAUGGGGAACAAUAGGGGAGGAGGUGCACGUAGAUCCGCCGUGGUCGCUACCUACCUAUAUUAGCGCCCGUCCGCUCUCGCACAGACUGGUGUGGCCAAAAGACACUUUGCCAUCCUGCCUACGGAGACCGGUUAUACAGUAACAUCGAGUUACAGUAUCCAGUGCCAGACAAGCCGACAACAGUAGCAACAGCCGCUUCAGGGCCUUCAAACAAGAUCGAGCUGCACCUCAUGUCUACCACUCCCACAGUGUUCCUGCCCAUUCUUGACGUGGUCAAGGACCACCUGGCUGUCAACUCGGUUUUCGUCUUUCUUGUCAUCGUCGUUGUUUCACUCAGAGUGGUUGGCCGUUGCAUAGGACCCGGUCUCGGUUGGGACGAUGCGCUUGUCGUUGCAGCCAUGCCGCUAGGCAUUGCCAUGCAUAUUUGCAGUGGUUUUUUUGCCCCUAUUGGCAAUGGGUACAAUCUCGCGGAACAUCCUCAGCUUAUUGCCAAUGUUCCCUUUAUCCUCCAGCUCACCUUCGGCAUGCAACUUGUCUACGUUACGCUUCUCGCUCUUACCAAGGCCAGCAUGCUCUGCUUCUUCCUUAGAGUCUUCUCGACACCCUGGAUGAAACGAGCAUCCAUAAUCACACUGGCAGUCAUUGCAGUUUGGUGGGUUUCCUAUGUCUGCGCCUGUAUCUUCAUCUGCGACCCCGUCAGUGGGCAGUGGACCGGCGUUGGCAAGUGUGGCCAGUAUAUCACCAUGAUCCAGUCUCUGAUCGCCACCAACGCCAUCGGCGACGUGGUAAUCAUGAUGAUGCCCAUGAAGCAGAUCUGGAGUCUCAAGAUGCGCAAGACGGACAAGGUCGGUGUGUCGGCUUCGUUCCUCUUGGGCACGGCCUGCGUGGUCAUCGCCAUCUUCCGCUUGAUCUACAUCAGCACCGUCGACCUCAACAGCAACGUGACGGGUACCAUGUCGACGACGAUCCUGCUCUUCACUCUCGAGCCGAAUCUGGCCAUCCUGUGCAUCAGCAUCCCCAUGCUCAGGCCCUUCUACGUCCUGUACAAGAAACGGGUUGGCAGCAGCCGGCUCACCGAGGACAAGUCUGGAUACAACAACGGGCCGAGCGGGAAUGGCUACGCCAAGGACGUGUCGAAUAUCUCCUCCAACGGGAUCCCCAGCCGGUCCGCCCACGGCACAGGAGCCCCCACCACCAACUGGGAGCUGGACGAUUACAAGACGAACAAAGUGACCGUCACAACGACCGGGGAUGGGGCCAGCAUCGACAAGCCAUCUGUGAGGCCAAGCGGACCCUUGGGCGACAUCCGGGUCGAUACCGAGUGGCAGGUCAGCCGUGUGUAAGCCAUUUUGGGUUAUCCUGUGCUGGACAAGAAAAGUUUAUUUCGAAUUCCCUUUUCUUGUAAGACCGUCGCUCAGACCGGACUUGUGUGUGUGAUUACCACCAGCGAAUCGGAGAUACGGGGAUGAGAGAGCAUGUGUUAGCAUGUUGUGCGUUGACCACGAACAAUGACGAAGAAAAAAAAACAAAGGAAAGAAAACAAAGCAUUGUCAAGUGCUGGACACAGUCGCUACCUAAUUAUGUAUAUCUUAUUCAUGAACAUAAAAAAAGUAAACGGUAUGAUUCGAUA